CACUGUAGAUAGCUAGUAGCUCAAGGAGAGUCAUAUUCACAGCGUGAUCAUAGUGAGAAAGAGAUAGGAGGGUCGAUUAGCGGUACGGUUAUCCUUAGUUGAGAUGGGGAGAAGACCCUGCUGUUCUAAGGAAGAAGUGAACAAGGGGCCUUGGACAGCUGAAGAAGACAAGAUGCUUGCGGAUCAUAUCAAAGCUCAGGGAGAACAAAAAUGGAGUAGCAUUUUUAAACAAACAGGGCUGAGGAGAUGUGGGAAGAGUUGCAGGCUUCGGUGGUUAAAUUAUCUGAGACCGACUAUAAAACGAGGCAACAUUACACAAGAAGAAGAGGACCUCAUCAUUAGGCUUCACAAACUUUUAGAAAACAGAUGGUCUCUAAUAGCAGGGAGAAUUCCAGGGCGAACAGACAAUGAAAUCAAGAACUACUGGAACGCACACUUACGUAAGAAGUCACAGCCGGAAAAGACGUCCAAGGCUGCAGUAAAGAAAAUGAGACCCUCCGACGAGGCCAAAGUAAAAGAUCAUCAUCAUAGUGAUGACUCCAAGUUUGUAUCGGAAUCAAGUGAAGGGUCAUUAUUGUCUCAUUCAUCUACUACGUCAACUACAACGGAAGAAAGUUCGCCGGAUAUCUUGAUGGAUUUUUACACCAGGGAGAUAAGUCUUUCUGAGUUUCUAGGGACGGACUUCACAAAGAUAAGCAGUAUGAUCAAGACUGAUAAGGUACUAAUGGUUCAACGAGAAGGAGCGAAUCAACUUCAGACUCAGCCUUACGAUAGUUCAAGUAGAGCGGAAGCUGAGCCUAAUGAUGAAGCACCAAUGAAUGCUGUAAUAUCGCGGGAAAUGGUGGAGAACUUGAUCAUCUGGGAAGAUCAAAGUGAUUCAGACUUCGGGUAUCAACUAUCUUCAGCUUUCACGGACUUUGUUGCAGACGGAGAAGAAUAUUGGAAUUUAUAAGACAAAAUAUCAAAAUAAUAAUAUUUGUCGCGUCAUGCAUCAUUUAUAAAAUUAUCUGUAUUUAAGAAUCCUAGAGUACUGGUGAAUAAGUGUCUGCAUCUAGCUCAUUUUUCAUGACAUUAAUUUAGCAAAAGAUGCAUUCUCUCCCUGAUUAGUUCUUAGUAGAAUAAUGCAAGCACCGGAUGUGUCCUUCUCGGUUUGGCUCUGUAUUAUAUUGCAUAAUUGCUUUUGAAAGC